AUCCCUGUGCUCAGCUGCUUUUGGAGCACAUACAUGGCUUGUGUGACAGCAACAGCGCACAGAAGCAGCAAUGAAAUGCAGUUAGCAGUCCAGCUGGGAGACAGGCAGGCAGGCACUGGUCCAGUUUCUAAAAUGAUCCUCUCGUAAGCCAGUCUGCAGCGCCUCCAAAAGGGGUUGACUCCUGUAAAAGAGCACAGCUUUCUUUGCAAAUACUCUGUGGUGUAACUCAGCUUCCCUGGGUGACUGCAGCGCUUUGUUUUGUUUUAUUUUUUUUUCCCCUCUGUGUCCUUUUCUCCAGGAUGGCGGAGGCAGAAUUGCACAAGGAAAGGCUGCAAGCCAUAGCAGCAAAAAGGAAAAGGCAGACAGAAAUAGAAGGCAAGAGACAACAGCUUGAGGACCAGAUACUUCAACUACAGCAUUUCAAGUCAAAAGCGCUUCGAGAAAAAUGGCUGCUGCAGGGUAUUCCCGCUGGCUCAGCAGAAGAAGAAGAAGCCAGAAGGAGGCAGUCAGAAGAGGAUGAGCUCAAAGUGAAAAGGCUUGAAGACAACAUCCACAGGCUGGAACAAGAAAUAGAGAAGCUAGAAAGUGAAGAAUCCCAGAUAUCUGCCAAAGAGCAAAUCAUCUUGGAGAAACUAAAGGAGACAGAGAAAUCCUUUGAGGACUUUCAAAAGAGCUUCUCACACCAGGAUGGUGAUGCAGUAAAUUACAUUUACUCCCAGAUCCCCGAACUCCCAACCCUCUAUUCACGAACAGCAGAGCCAGUUCCUGGGUGGGACGGAUCGAGCAGGGUACCUGCUUUGUACGCCAUGGAAAUUAAUGUGGAGAAAGACAAACAGACCGGAGAGACCAAGAUUCUCUCUGCAUCACCUAUUGGCCCAGAGGGGACCCAUCAAAGAGGAUUCAAAGUCUAUGAUGAUGGUACCAAGGUAGUCUAUGAGGUUCACUCUGGAAGCACAGUGGUAGAAAAUGGAGUUCAUAAAUUAAGCUCAAGGGAUGUAGAUGAACUUAUACAGAAAGCUGGACAAUCAAGUGUAAGAGGAGGGUAUGAAAUGACUGUGUCAGCCAGGAAUGUGAUAGCAGAUGGAAACCUUAGCCAUGUGAAGGAACAAAUGCUCUUCAAAGAGGCAAAAUUAGAAAUGGUACAUACACCUAGCAAGGGGAAUUCUGGGAAUCCUCAACACCAAGCAAAAAUCUCUGGAGAUGAAGUCCCAGAGGCCAGCAUGGAUCAACCAGUGACAAUGAUUUUUAUGGGUUACCAAAACAUCGAUGAUGAAGAGGAGACAAAAAAAGUGCUGGGCUAUGAUGAAACUAUCAAGGCAGAACUGGUCCUCAUAGAUGAAGAUGAUGAGAAGUCCUUGCGCGAGAAGACCGUGACUGACGUAUCUACCAUGGAUGGAAAUGCAGCCGAACUGGUCUCCGGAAGGCCUGUGUCUGACACAACAGAGCCCUCCUCUCCAGAGGGGAAAGAAGAAAGUCUGCCCAUGGAACCAGUCCCAGGAGUGAAGGGAAUGGCUGUGUUGCCUAAGGAUGGAAGAGGAUCGUGCUCAUGUGAAAGCCCUGAAACAGCAGUGACUGGGAUGAAAUCGUCCAGAAUCCCUGAGGAUGACAUCAGGUUGAGAAAAGACAAAGACCGAAAUUGUGCCAAGUUCCCGGAGCCUGUUAGCGUACUUGCUACAAAGGAAGAGAAAAUGGAAAUUGAAGUCCCAGUCUCGGAACAUAAAAACAUCACUGUGGUGGCUUCAACACAAUCUGCAGACAAUCCAACCCACUUCUUUUCGCCUGUUGCCAGUCACAAUGGCCUUGAGGACAGGCAUGAAUCCCUGGACAGUGAAGUUGCUAAAGAGAUCAGAUAUCUAGAUGAAGUGCUGGAGGCCAACUGCUGUGAUUCUGCUGCAGAUAACCCCUUCAAUGGGACAUGCUCCCCUGAGCCAAGUGCAAUCAUUGUGGAUGCCUCUGGUCCAUCUGUUCAUAUUAACAGUGAGUCAGUACCCAAUGAAAAGGACAUCAUAAUAGCUGGCAGGCAAGCAUCCCCAGUCAUUGAACCGAAUGAAACCAAUGUAAUGUCUGAGAAGCUGAAACCUAAUGGCCAUUCUUCAGAUGGACAGAAAGAGGAGCUUUGUGGCAAUCUAAAAAUGCCGGCGAGUCCAAGUUCCUCGACAAGUUCCAGAAGAUCCUCCAAGGAUGGAGAACUAACCUUAACUACGAUUAAGAAAGAGGCUAAGUUUGAACUGCGAGCCUUCCAGGAAGAAAAGAAGCCAUCCAAGCUCUUUGAUGAUGAUAACGAGAAGGAGAAGUACAGCGUCCGGAAAGUGAGGCCAUCAGAGGAAAUUAUCGAACUUGAAAAGGAAAGAAGGGAGCUUAUUAAAAGCCAAGCGGUAAAGAAAAAUCCUGGCAUCGCAGCCAAAUGGUGGAACCCACCCCAAGAAAAGACACUGGAGGAGCAGUUAGAUGAAGAACAUCUAGAGUCCCACAAGAAGUACAAGGAACGCAAGGAGAGGCAGCAGCAACAAAGCACAACACCAACGUCACCAAAACAGGUGGCCUAUUCCUUUGUACCUCCUGAGCCAGGCUGUGUUAAAAAAGAAGAUAUUGUCACAGAACAGAUAGAUUUUUCAGCGGCCAGGAAACAGUUUCAGUUAAUGGAAAAUUCAGGUCAGGCUAACAGCCAGAUUGCACCAAAGAGAUCAGGGGCACCCAAAAUGUUCUCUAUCAAGCCCUUCUACAGACCCAUUGGCCCAUCGCACGUAGACAGACCAACAGUUUCCAUGACAAGACCUGCUUCUGUACCGCUUGAGAAUAAUGAUAUAACCAUUGUAAAAGCUCAGAAGGUCUCCUGUGUCUCAGAGGGUCAUCCUAGAAAUAUUCAAAGUAGUCCAGCUGACCCAGUAAGAGAAUUGUCUUACAGUGAUACCUCAAAGACUGGACAGACCACAAAAUUGUGGGCAGAUGACAGUGAAUUCAUGAGUGCGAGAGCAGUCUUCAUGGUGGUGAAGGACGAUGACCCUGGCAUUUUAGAUCAGUUUUCGAGGUCGGUCAAUGUGUCUUCUCCUCCAGAGGAGCUGGACUCUGGUUUGGAUGAAUUGUCGGUGAGAUCUCAGGAUACCACAGUCUUGGAAACUCUGUCCAAUGAUUUCAGCAUGGAUAAUAUCAGUGACAGUGGUGCUUCUAAUGAGACUAUGAAUCCCCUCCAAGAAAAUUCACUUGCCGAUUUCUCUCUACCCCAGACCCCCCAAACGGACACCCCCUCAGAGUGCCGGGUAGGUGUUUCCAAGUCAUUUAGUGACCAUGGCUUUUACUCCCCUUCCUCCACAUUGCUAGACUCCAUGCUGGUUGAUGACCAGCUGGACUACCACGCUGGCCUACUAGUUCAAAAUGCAAUUCAACAAGCCAUAGCUGAGCAAGCUGACAAAACAGGCUCUAAACCAGCAACAGACAAAGUGGAGCAGAAGAACUCUGUCAAAGACCAGGAAGAAGUCAGCACAGCGCCAUGUUCUGAGAAGGAGCAGAGCACAACGUUUGAGCCACCUCAGGUGUCUUCUCCUGUUCAAGAAAAAAAGGAUACAAUACCAAAGACUUCAAGAAAUGAAGACUCAGGACUCAGGGAAGGGAAGACUUCACAGCAAUCUUCUGUAUCCCCCACCAGCCAGCCAUUCAUUGUGGAGGAAAACAGGCAGGAGGUCAGCUAUUUUAGCAAGUACUCUGAGGCAGCCGAGCUUAGAAGCACUGCUUCCAUCCUGGCUACACAAGAGCCCGAGGUGACCAUGGGUCCUUUUAAGCUAAGGUCAAGAAAACAGCGGACUUUGUCCAUGAUAGAAGAAGAGAUCAGAGCAGCCCAGGAGCGAGAGGAGGAAUUGAAGAGACAGAGGCAAGGUCUACAGAUGACACAGAGUCCCAUCGCAAAGAGCGCACCUCCACUGCCCACCAGAACGGUGGCUUACAAAACUGCUCCAGGGAAGAUAGAGAAGAUCAGGCCUCCUCCAUCCCCGACAACAGAAGGUCCCCUCUCCCAGUCUGACUUACUGCCUGACGAGGCUGCAGGAUCCCAGAGGCCCAAGAAUUUGAUGCAGACCCUCAUGGAGGAUUAUGAAACACACAAAACUAAGAGGCGUGAGAGGAUGGAUGACAGCAGUUACACCUCUAAAUUACUGUCUAACAAGGUUACUUCCGAGGUCCUUGAGGCUACCAGGGUGAAUCGCAGGAAGAGUGCCCUGGCAUUGCGCUGGGAGGCUGGAAUUUAUGCCAACCAGGAAGAGAAUGAAUAAUCCCCUUGCAAUAAAAUGGGUGUUCGGAACCGAGAAACCAAAAGAAAAAGAAAAAUAAAGCAGCAGCAUUUAAUCCCAUAUUUAUUAAAGAUACAACAAGCUCACUGAUCCACAGAGACAGGAUUGCUCCAUCUCCAGGCACCAUUAGCGAAAGAGAAAAACCCACCCACAAAAUCCGCCCCCCUUUCCCCCCCCCCCACAAAAGAAAGAAUGAGAGGAUGUUAGGCAUGGACUGGUCAAGGAAGGAUGUCGUCGCUGUGGGCAGAAGCAGCAGCAGACCCAUUGCAAUGGAUCAGCAUGGGAGGCUGAAGGAGUUGGCAAAAACUCAAGGCAGGGCAAAUAUAUGUGCUUCCUUCUAGCUGAAUUUCCAGCUCUGCUUUGUAUCAACGAGAGUUUGGCCCAGAAUAGCCUGGUGUGUCACUAGGCUUCCUUUGGACUUGCCUGCAGCUUCUCCGUCAUCCCACCCGCUGCAUUAAGAACGUUAAUGUUUGGUUUACCCUAGAUAGCCAUAAAAUGCAAUGAUUUUUUUUUUUUUUUGGCUGUUAUUGGGGGACGGAGAGGGGUUGCUGAUUCCCCCCCCCCUUUUUAUUUCUUAAUUUAUCAUUUAAAAAUUGGAGGUUGUUAUUGCAAAUGUACAAUCCAUGUUUUGCAAUCAGAAUAUUUAAUAAAGCACCCCAUUCGUUGCAAACACAAUCUGUCAGUUUAGGAGAGAGGUAGAGGGGAAUGCCAAGCCAAACGGAUAACCUUAGCUUUAGGAUCCUGUAUAUUUGCAAUAUGAACUGGUCUCCAGUUUCUCAGUGCAUAUUUCCAUAACUGUUUCUAAAUAUACAAUCUGUAUUUAGCGGGCAAUGACUGUUUUUAUGAUGGGUGUGGGCAGAGACGUAUGUACAAAAUGAAUAAAGUUUGAAUAACCUGAGUCAGAAAGGUAAGGGGGGAACACACACAAAAAAUGACAUUUAAUUUUUACUGAGGCAAUAAUUUAAUCAAGCCAGAUGCUGGCACAAACAGAGGUAUGAAGCAAUGGAAAAAAGUUAUGUUUUUAACUAUAUUUAUAUAGGGUAAAGGGCCUUGGAGUAAAUGUAGAGUAUGCAGGUUUCCAGGAAAUAAAAAGUUAAAGAAGGUAAUAGAGAGAGUGUGUGAGAGAGAGAGAGGCAAGAAAAAGGAUUAUUUUUGCUGUUAAACCAGUGUUUUCAGAGCUAAAAGCAAAAUAGAGAACCUUUAGUUUGUGCAUAGGCUUGGAAUCAGUGACAAAGGGUGUUGUGUGUCUGGGUGUGAGCGCGCACACGUGUGUGAGGUUGGAAUUCUAGAAUGAACAAGAGCUAUGGGUGUACAGAUUUAUUUUCUCCAGAGCUGUUUGCCAGCUAUAGGGGUGAGUGAGAAUUUCUUUUUUAUGAAAAGGGAUAUAAAAUGGCACUGAGCUGAUACAGUAUUUGUAAUAUUAAAAUUUGACCUGAGAUGGUAUUUGCAUGAAUCACAAUUGCGAAGUAUUGAGCAGUUUUGUAAUCUGACAUUUAGAAAAGAAAUGUGGUAUUUAUUCUUGUGCUUUGUAUUCAUAUGUAGUAUAGAGGCUGCCAGGUUUACUCUUUCUUUUCAUGCAAAGCAAAACAAUACGUAUUUUACAACCGGGAACCAUAAUUUCUGGACUAGAAAUUAUCAAGUUUAGGAGACAUAUACAUGUAUGUAUUGUUUUUAUAAACCUAAAAUUAUUAUUUUAACUUCUUUUAAAAUAAGCCAAGAGGCUAAAUCCCUCUUCUGUUUUCAUACUGCUCUGUGACCUGAUAUGGUGUUUUAUUCUGAGGCUCACCUAAAACAGCUUUAGAUACUGUGAACAUUAUUCUGGUGCUUUUAUUGGGCAAACACAGAGCUUGCAACCAAAAGAUUUUUUUUUUUUUUAAAUUUCUUUCCAGCCUGUGGUUUGACACGUCGCACAUGUUCCUUUAAACAGUCAAACAUUUUGAAGCCUGUGUUCAGGGAUUGUAGUAAAAGUGGCAAAUAAGCAUUAAUUAAACCGGUUCUAUGAAUGGCCUAUUAACAAAAGAAAACCCUUUUGAACUGGACAAUUGUCUUGUAUUGAUUUCUUUAAACUGGGUCAUACUUAAGAGUAUACACAUAUACAAAUAGACCAGCUGUUUGGAAAUGCAAAUCUAGUCGAUUCGGACCCGGUUCAAUAAAGGUGUGUUACCAGUAGAUUAUAGGAAGUAUAAUUCCACAGACUCAGUAGUCUGUUGCCCAGCUGAUGGGCAGGUAUUGUUUGUAGUAAUACUUACAGGAGUUGCACACCUGUAUUGAGAGAGGGUUUGGAUCCCUCUUGGUUUGAGGAGAGCAUAGAUGAGUCUUGGAAGGGGCUUCUCUAGCAAUAUUACAUGGUAUCAGGCUGUAUGUCACGAGUGGCUCAUUACUGAGAAAUAGUCUUACAUCAAGGCACGUACAUUUGAACUUCUCACUGCAGUGGUUGGAUUCUUACAGCUUUUGCUCUCUUUGAAAUGAAUUUGCUUCUCCCUCUGCGUGGUUGCAGUUACCUAGGGCUGAGGGCAUUGUCGGGAGUUCCUGGCUCUCUCUCACCUCUUAAGACACAUGCAUCUGUUGUUUUCUUGAGGGAUUAUUUUUUGUAAGUAAAAAAUAAAUACCUAAAUAAAA